CGGAAUAUCGGAAUCACGAUUUCAAAGGAACAGGACUCACAGGUAUACUUCCGGUCCUGGCUGAAGAUCAUCUCUUUCGAUUGCAUGCGGAAACUUGAAGGACAUGACUUAAGAUCUAUCAUAAAGAAUGACGGAAAUGAAUGGCUAUUAUUAGGAUAACAAUGUGUGUACCGUGCAGAAUUACUACUGGAGAAUUUCUCUUCGAUAAGCUCAUUCCAUAUUGGAACGAAUACAUAGAUUGAUUGUGAUUAUUCUGGCAGAUCUUUGAUUCGUAACGCAACAGAAACCCAUCGAUUGCUCCUGCAUGACGCUGGAUUAUACGUCAAUGCAGGGUUGAUUUUGAUAAUAAAGACAAUCAGAAUGCCUUCUAUCAUAAAUUAGAAGAAAGACACUGAACAGGAAUCUAAUCCAUGAGUCGCGCUCCGAGACUCGGGCCUAAGAAGCCGGAGCAGGGCGGCCCUUCACUGGGUCAUAUUCUGUUCAUUGCUGCUUCGGCAGCUUUACCUAUUCUUCUUCUUUUCGUUCUCUUCCGCAGACCUGUUGGUCAAUCUGCAUCCAAAUCAUUGCCUUUACCAGCUGACGAUGAGAUUGUUCGCCUCCGUGUAUAUCCGGUCAAGUCAUGCCGCGGUUUUGACGUAAAGUCAACGCAGCUUCUACGAACAGGUCUAGACUUGGACCGUAACUGGAUGUUCGUCACGGCUGAUAAGCAUGAAUUCAUCACGAUCAGGGCAAAUUCAAACAUGACGCUUAUUAUAACAGCGUGGGACGCUGAUACCGACACGCUCACAAUUUCUCUGAAUGAACACAAGAUUGAGAUUCCCGCUCACCCUACGACUCAAUGGCUUGAGAAGAACACUGAGCUCAAGAAGGCGACUAUCUGGGGCGAGCAAACCGACGCAUGGGAAUAUGCCGAGAGUCUGACCAAGCCCAUCUCAGAAUUUUUGAACAUGGACGUACGUCUGAUGUAUAAGGGUCCUACACCUCGAGUUCUACGUGGAAGCGGAGCUCCUCAUCGUCUUGGUCGUACUGAGGCUACCAAAUUUGCCGAUAUGAUGCCUGUGCUGGUUGCCUCUAUGGCGAGUAUGAAUGAACUUAACGAGCGUCUCACUCAAGCUGGAGAGGAUAAGAUUGAGAUUGAUCGGUUCCGUCCCAAUGUCAUCAUCCGCGGAAGCGUGCCCUGGGUUGAGGAUGGAUGGAAGACUCUGCAAAUUGGUGUGGGUGAACACCGUCUCGACCUCGAUGUAGUGUGCCGAUGCCUUCGCUGCCAGGUACCCAAUGUUCAUCCGAUUACUGCUGAUAAGCACCCGCGUCAGCCUUGGAACCAGUUGAUGAAGUAUCGACGAAUCGACCCUGGACUGAAAUUCAAGCCGAGCUUUGGCAUGCUUUGUGCGCCGAGUGAUGAGGGGCAUAUUGAGGUUGGCAUGAAAUUCCAGGUCACGGCCAUGACGAAUGAUCACUUCUUCAUUAGCCCAAUGAAGUAAAACGAGUUAUUGGAAAAUGUAUGGGUGCCUUGCUUAACCAAGGCACUGUAGUGAGGUAACCAUGUACGAAGCGCUAAGGAUAAUGAAAAAUGAUAACAAGACCAUGUUUGGGCAAUGGCUCACAUGUAUUUUACGCUGUUCAAUUAUGGACACUUGCAUAGGCACACUAGGUGACUGUAUUGCGUUCUCCUCUUUUCAGUGGCAGUGCUGGAUCAGCCCAGCAAGCAUAAGAUUGAAAGCUUUGACAAGAAAUUAGAUCGGGUUCAGGGAUUCAGAGAUCAAAAUCCGCUUCCAGAACUAGUUCAAGCAUACCUAGGUCCAGUAUGUAAGUUUAUAAGCGAGGCUAUUUUAACAAUCUGGGAUGAAUUUCU